UUCUGAGCGGUUGAAGUGAAGGAAAAGAGAGAAAGGAAAUGGAGUCCGUGAAGGAGAAAGCCGCUAACGUCGCGGCUUCAGCCAAGGCUGGGAUGGAGAAAACCAAAGCCACUGUCCAAGAAAAGGUAGAGAAGUUGACGGCUCAUGGUGAGAUGGAGAAGCAAAUUGCGACCCAGAAAAAAGAGGAGAAGAAAGCGGACGCGGAGAUCAAGAAGCAGGAGGCCUACGAGAACAACGCCGCCGGGAGGCAGGCCGCAGCGGUGGGCGGUGAGGCCCACUACACGGCUGGGCCAGGCCAAGCAGCAGUUCCUGCCGGCACCACCUACUCUGCCGCGACCGGGGUCCCAGGCAGGCCAAUUGGGAUAAAUCCGGGGACUGGGGGAGCGUUGGCUCAGAAUCCUCGCGUCGAAGGUGGGGGAGCGAAGACUGGGUAUGGCACCGGAGGCAACUACACUUGAAAAAAUGCUUUUCUGUUCGGUGUAUGUAGUUUUUUGGGCGAAUAAAAAUAUUGUUUUUAUUUUGUCAAUUAAAUCUAAAUUAUUUUAAAUGAUGAGGCCCAUGAGGGACAUAUCAUAACA